ACUAGUAUUUUCAUAAUAGACUAACACAGUCUUUUGGCCUCUUACAAUUCCAAUUUCAUCACUUAAAUUCCCCUCUUCCUUUUAAAUCUAUUCUACUGUCUAUCCAAAUCAUCAUGGCUUUUCUAGUCAACAAAGGAGUCUCUUCUUCCUUUUUCACCCACCAGUGUAGAUAUGAUGUGUUUGUGAGUUUUAGAGGUGACGAUACCCGCAAUAGUUUUACAAGUAUUUUGAUUGGCAUUUUGUAUCAUCAUGGUAUUAACAUCUUCCUGGAUAAUGAGCACAUAAGGGGUGAAGAGAUUCCAGACAAACUUUUUGAAGCCAUUGAAAGUUCAAGAAUUGCAAUCAUCGUAUUCUCUAAAAACUAUGCAUUUUCUACUUGGUGUUUGAAAGAACUUGUCAAAAUUCUUGAGUGUAAAAAGAAAGGCCAAAUUGUGCUACCAAUUUUUUACAAGGUGGAUCCAUCAGAAGUACAUAAUCAAAAGGGAAAGUUUGGAGAAGCUUUGACAAAACAUGAAAUAGAGUUCAAGGAUAAAAUGGAAGUGCAAAAAUGGAGGAUAGCUCUACAUGAAGCCGGCUAUAUAGGUGGAUGGCAUUGCAAAAAAGACCACCCUCAAUUUACACUUAUCAAAGAAGUUUUUGAAGUGAUCUCAAGAGUUAAAUUAAAUUAUACCAAAAUAUUUGAAGUUAAAUACCCUGUUGGAAUUGAUUCUCGUGUGGAGGAUAUAAAUUGGCAUUUAGAUAUUGAUUCAAACGAUGUGCGUAUGGUAGUGAUCCAUGGCCUUCCUGGAAUAGGUAAGACAACAAUUGCAAAAGCUAUUUAUGACUUAAUUGCAUAUCGCUUUGAAGGAAGCAGCUUUCUAGAGAAUGUUAAAGAAAACUCAAGAACAAAAGAUGGCAAACUCCAUUUAAGAGAGACACUUUAUUCAAAGAUCUUAGGAGGUAGAACUUUGAAGGAGCUUGGUGCAUUUCAAAGAAUCAAUAUGAGAAUGGAAAUGCCUCAACACAAAAGAAUUCUUUUAAUUCUUGAUGACGUGGACAAAUUAAUCCAAGUAACAGAUUUGCUUGGUGAAUGCAGUUGUUUUGCUUCUGGAAGUAGAAUUAUUAUCACAACAAGAGAUGAAAAUUUACUAUCUACUCUUCAAGAAGAUUAUCAUUUAACCUACUAUAACUACAGGCUCAAGGAAUUAGAUAAACAUGAAUCUCAUGAACUCUUUUGCCAACAUGCAUUCAAAGAAAACAAGCCUAAGAAAGGUUAUUCAGAACUCGUAGACCUAUUUAUAAGUUAUGCCAAAGGUCUUCCAUUAGCUUUAAAAGUAAUAGGUUCUGAUUUGUAUCCAAGAGAUGAUAUACGCUGUUGGAAAAGUGCAUUAGAUAAGUACAAAAGAAUUCUUCAUCCAAAUAUUCUAGAAGUACUCAAAAUAAGCUACGAUGGAUUGGACCAAACUCAACAGGAUAUUUUCCUUGAUAUUGCAUGUUUUCUUAAGGAAUUAUGCAAGGAUGUUGUCGAACAUAUACUACAAAGUUGCAAUUCUUAUGACCCAUAUUAUGAUAUUGAAAUACUUAAAGAUAAGUCUCUCGUAGUUGUUGCUGGAGAUGGCAAAUUAUCGAUGCAUGACUUGAUACAACAAAUGGGUUUGGAAAUUGUUAGACAAGAAUUAGAAGUGUCAAAGAAACAUAGAAGGUUAUUGUGUUAUGAUGACGCUCCCGAAGUAUUAAUUCCAGAAACGGGAUUAGAAGAAGUUCGAGGCAUAACAUUGUGUUUAUCACAACCAAGAAACAUGCAAUUGGAUUUUGAAAAGAUGAAGAAUCUCAAAUAUUUGGUUGUACGUAAUUUAAUUUGUGAAGAUGUUAAAUAUCUUCCAAAUGAGUUAAGGUUAAUUGAUUGGAAUGGAUUUCCUUUACCUUCCUUGCCAACCACCGUUAAUCUUCAAAAACUUGUUGCACUUAAAGUUCCAGGAAGCCACAUUACAUUGGAUCAGCAUUUCGAGAGAUGUCGGUUCACAGCUUUGAAAUAUAUGGAUUUCACUGACUGUAAAAAUGUUACCAAAUUACCUGACUUAUCGGUGAUUGCCCCAUCCAUAAAGAAGCUGAUACUUAAAAGAUGUGAAAAUUUAGUUGAGAUUCAUCAGUCUGUUGGACUUCUUGAAGGGCUUGAACAUUGGAGUCUCUAUGGAUGUGAAAAUCUUAAAAUUAUUCCAAGAAUUCUCAAGUUGAAAUCUCUUCAAUGGUUUUGUCUUUGGAAGUUCUCCGAUAUUUGGCAAAGUACGGAAAGAUUAGCUUUGCCUUUGUCAAUUGAAAAUCUCACUAGCCUUCAUACGUUAUCCAUUUGUUCUAAAAACCUUAAUGAUCUUCCAAGCUGCUUCUCUACAUUACCAAAUCUUAAGUUUCUCUGUAUGUAUGGUUUUGAAAAUUUUUCAAAGAACCUGGAUAUUCCUGAUUGCUUCCCCAAAUUGGAAACGUUAUUGGUUAUGUACAGCAAUAUUACUACCCUCCCCGACAUCUCUAGCAGAUUUCCUCAAUUAAAAAAACUUAAUAUUGCCGGUUGCUGGAAUUUUCAGAAAAUUCCAAGACUUCCAUCAUGUAUAUUUAUUGUAAGAAUAGUAGGAUGCAAAUCGUUGGAUUCACAAUCAAGCAGAAGAUUAUUGAGUCAGUUCGCAGAAAAGGUAGGGCUUCCACAGAAUAUUGUAUGUCCAAGGGGAUCAUCAUACCGGGGCUAUGCAUCUGAAACAGACUUUGCUCAUAUAAAGGGGUUUUCAUUUGAAUUUGAUGGAAACGUGUUAAUUCCAGGAAGUAAGAUUCCAAAAUGGUUCAAUCAUCAAAUUGUUGGAAGUUCCAUAUCAUUCUCGGUCGGUCGAAAACUACCAUCAUUUGCUUUCUGUGUUGCUAUACAAGUGCAACUGAAAGAUAAGGUUACUAAAAAGCGGGAUUUUAUACCAGGUUCCUAUGUUAUCAACAUUUUCGUUAAUGGUUAUAAAAUAUUCCACUCAGAUUCUCUACAUUUGUCAACUGCACCAUCUGAUUCUUAUCUAUGGGUAGUCUAUAUAAGGGAUAGUUCAUUGGAAGGCAUAAUUCUAAAUGAAGGGACUGAAGUUAAGCUUCAAUUUGAAUUUUCAAAUUAUGAUCCAGAAAUAGCCGUAAUUACCGUAGAAAAGUGUGGGGUCCAUGUAGCAUGCAUGUGUUCUCCUCAGAACUCUGCCGCAGAUAAGGAGGCCUGCGUAAGAAUUCAUGAAAGAUUGGAAGUGAGUUUUGAUGAAAGAUUAAAGAUGUUUUUAUCGAGAGUGGCUGCAGAUGUCCUCCCCUUUAAGCAGAAGCUGGGCGGAUGCUCCAAAGCUCAAGAUGCCUAUUACUGCCCUCUUUGUGAAAUAGCAGAAGAUUCAGUUUUACAUCUAUUUCAAUGUUGUCCCUAUGCCAAAGGAUUGUGGUAUGCUGGUAGAUGGGGUUUUCGAGUAGAAACGAUCAAAGCUCAAUCUAUAAAGGAAUUCGUUGAACAUAUAAUUGAUCCCCCAAAGGAAUUACUGGCAGAAAGAGUGAACAAAGAUGAAUUCACACUAUAUGCAGUAUUGGCUAUGAAUAUUCUUUUGGAUGCACGGGAGGAUGCUCUGUUUUCAAACACUAAAGACAGCAUAAACCAGCUAGCACAUCGUCUUAACAAUCAGUAUGACUCUUACGUGAGAUCAUUUGAAGAGCAAAACAGGGAAAGUGCUUGGAUCAAGCCACCUGACCAAUGGGUAAAGCUUAAUUCUGAUGGGUCAUAUGAUCAAAAGAAUGUAGGCUUGGCUGCGAUUCUCAAAGAUGAACAUGGGAAUGGCAGAGCAAUCAGACGUGGCAUAAACAUCAACGGCAAGAUGGGCAAUGCCAUUGGCCAAACAGGACAGACUUGAGCAAGUUGUGAUAGAGAGUAUAAAGAGAAUCUAUGCUUAGCCAACUGCUCUCCAGAAAAUGGAAUUUACUUGAAGAGCCAACCAAUCGAUCAACAGGAAGGUGCAAAUCCAAAUGCGAGCACCCCAUUGCUCCUAAUCCAGCCUCUCAAUACUGGAAAACUGCUUCAAAAACUCCGUCACUAGUUGACUGACUAUGGUAAACCUUAAAAUUACUAAAAACAGCUUGUUCUUGAUUAACCCCUUCAAUAUGUUCUUCUCCAGUUGCCUAGCAUUAAAUUCAUUGAAGACUUGACAAAUGAAAGGUUUAAGAAUGAGUUUUUUCUUCACUUUCUCAUCCACACCAAAGGCAGAUCUUACCCUAAAUCUUAUCAUAAGUAAGACUGCUAUGACUCUGGUUAGAAAUGGCUUUGAUUGACCCACAGAUGGCUUUACCAAGCUGUCAUUAUUGGGUAGCUCAGUGACCAAGGAUAAAGCUCCCAUUUUAUCCAUUACUAGGUUCACCCAUAAUGGCUGCAGUUAGUGGGACUUUACUAGGAAAAAAAACAGCUGCAAGAAAGUUCAUGCAAGGGCAGCAACAUUCAUAGUUAGCUGAAUCUGAAUGAAGUUUUUAAUGACGUUAUAUACAGACCUUCUCCACGCACAGAAGUGAAAUCACCAUCCAGGAUGACAAUACUUUAUAAAUGUAGUUAAGAACUAUAUUUCAAGAAGCUAAGAUGUGGGUUUCGAUUUGAUUCUGUGCUUUGAAUAACCCAAAAGGAGAACUUAAAAGAAAAAUGUUAACAAGGGGAAUGGCUGAUAAGAAAAGAUGAAAGCUCUUAACAAGUGAGUGGAAAGGAAAAGACAAGCUUCAUCUUCAAUACAAGUACCUGAUUGCCUCACAGAAUUGGCUUAAUAAAGCUUCAUCUUCAAUACAAGUACCUGAUUGCCUCACAGAAUUGGCUUAGGCCAUUGGGGAUGAUAAUUUGAUAAAACAGUCUCCUUAAACAAGCCCUGUCAAAGGUGAUCGUCCACAAGUUAGCUUUGAAGUGGCCUGGUCUCAGGAUUCUUACUGCCUGGCCAAGGCAUGUAUAGCUUAGUGGGGGGAAAUUGAAGAGCAAAACAGGGGAAGUGCUUGGAUCAAGCCACAUGAUCAAUGGGUAAAGCUUAAUUUUGAUGCGUCAUGUGAUCAAAAGAUCAAGAGGGGAAUGGGAGAGAAAUCAGACGUGGCAUAAAAAUCAAUGGCAAGAUGGGCAAUGCCAAUGACCAAACAGGACAGACUUGAGCAAGUUGUGAUAGAGAGUAUAAAGGAAGCAGAGAAUCUUUGCUUUGCCAACUGCUCUCUAGAAGCUGGAAUACACUUGAAGAGCGUACAAUUGGUCAACAAAAAGAUGCAAGUCCAAAUGGAAGCACCCCAUUGCCCCCAAUUUAGCCUCUCAACACUGGCAAACUGCUUCAGAAACUUCACCAUCACCAGUUAACGGACUAUGAAUAGAUGAAUGCUCUUAGCAAGUGAGUGAAAAGACAAAGACAGCUUCAAUUUCAAUACAAGUACCUGAUUGCCCUCACAGUUUGGCAUAGACCAUUGAGAUUGUUAUGUCUGACAUAGUGUUUCACAAGCAAGGAGAUCCCGGGGCAACACAUUAUCAUCCAUCAUGCAUUUCAGAGAAUAAGCCAAAGUAGAGUAAAAGCCCGCAGCAUACCUAAAAUUGCCACCACCACAAUUGUGACUAAUGGAGAGACAAUACCAACAGGUGCAUUGAAAUAUGUUAGUGCUGAAAAUCCCUAAUUAUGUCCACCAUGAUGUCUCUACUUUUCAAAUUUCAUGGAUUGCUUGAAGUUAUGGACAGCAAAAACAGCAGCAACCAGAUUGUCAGCAACAAUAAUACUCCCACCAUGGUACUACCCAUCUUUCCAGCCAUGCUGUUUGAGUACCAAAGGCCAAGAGACUGAGAGAGUAUAGCACAGCCCAUAAGUACAAUAACAAGAGUGCCCUAAUCUGCUUCAAAGACAUAACUGUUAAAGCCUUUUUGCAUGUGCCUUUUGGUACUUAUUGGCACCGACAUACUAUUAUGGCAAUAGAUUAUGAUUGAAAUUUUUUUGUAGUGUUUGCUCUAUUUUCAAAAAAUCUAGUACUUCCUUUAUUUGUGAGGUCUGAGAAUGGGUCAAUAUUUAACACCUAUUUUGGAGGCAGUGUUUGCAAUCCGGCCACUUGCUCAGCAAAACCAACCUAAGCUCGCCAAUAGAAUAGUUAUAUUUCUGUUAAUGAAGUUCACAGUUGAAAGAGUUAUAUGUUGUUAAAGUUGAAGAUAGUUGUGCAGUUGCAAUCCUGCCUCUUCUUGUGCAUAAUUGAAUUGGCAAAGAUGUAAAAAUGUCUGUAUGUAAUUCAUUCAUUCAAAUAAUGCAAAUUAUUCCAAUUUCCUCA